AAAAAAGGAAAAAGAAAAUGAGAUAUAGAUGUUUGUAAACCCUAAUCAUCGCCCGCCUCGCCUCUUGUUGUGUAACCAUUCGUUAGCCAAUGGCGUCUCUUGCUUAUUCUUCUUCGGGGAAGCUCGCUCCUACCAACAACUUUCGCUCUUCAAUCCCUGCCAAAAACACCUUCAUUAGUUGCAGGGUGAAUUACAAGGAGAAUGGGAGGCCGAAUUUGCAGCAAGAAGCUAUGCCUUACUCGUUGACUUCAAAUCAGUUUGAGAGAACGCCAGUUAGAAAGGAUGAGAAACGACUUCGGAUUUUUUCAGGCACUGCCAAUCCAUUAUUAUCUGAGGAAGUUGCAUGCUAUAUGGGCCUAGACCUUGGAAAGAUCGACAUAAAACGUUUCGCUGAUGGAGAGAUAUACGUCCAGUUGCGCGAGAGUGUUAGAGGGUGCGAUGUAUAUCUUGUCCAGCCGACAUGUCCUCCUGCAAAUGAAAAUCUUAUGGAGCUUCUGAUCAUGAUAGAUGCUUGUCGCAGAGCAUCUGCUAAAACCAUCACUGCCGUUAUUCCCUACUUUGGAUACGCCAGGGCUGAUCGCAAGACUCAAGGACGAGAAUCCAUUGCAGCUAAACUUGUUGCAAAUCUGAUAACCGAAGCAGGAGCAGAUCGAGUUCUUGCUUGUGAUCUUCAUUCUGGGCAAUCGAUGGGUUAUUUUGACAUUCCGGUUGAUCAUGUUCAUGGUCAGCCCGUGAUACUUGAUUACCUUGCUAGCAAGACAAUUAAAACGGAUGAUUUAGUAGUGGUGUCCCCGGAUGUUGGUGGAGUUGCUAGAGCACGAGCUUUUGCUAAAAAGUUAUCUGAUGCGCCAUUGGCCAUUGUUGAUAAGCGGCGUCAUGGGCACAAUGUCGCUGAAGUAAUGAAUUUGAUCGGUGAUGUGAAAGGUAAAGUAGCAGUUAUGGUGGAUGACAUGAUCGAUACUGCUGGUACUAUUGCCAAAGGAGCAGACCUGUUGCAUCGUGAAGGGGCAAGGGAAGUUUAUGCAUGCAGCACGCAUGCUGUUUUCAGUCCGCCAGCAAUUGAACGGUUGUCAAGUGGUCUAUUUCAAGAGGUGAUUAUCACGAAUACCAUUCCGGUGUCUGAAAAGAACUAUUUCCCACAGCUGACUGUCUUAUCGGUAGCAAACCUACUUGGCGAGAGCAUCUGGCGUGUGCAUGAUGAUUACCCUGGUGGUUUUGAACACUUCUCUGGUCUGGGCAUCGAUUAAGAUUUUGUGUGGUUCACACAUCGUCUCAGUUGUCGUCCUUUGUACAAAUAUUAACCCUAUGCAGAAUCAAAACUUUGUAUAAAGGCCUACAUUGCCAUUCUAAACAAGCUUCGGUAUACAAAGACUUUGACUCGGCUAAAGGACAUGACACAUUUGUUCUGCAAGUGUUUUUUCGUAAAAUGUAGCAUCAUGUGUGGACGGACACCUGUUUAAAUAAUCCAUAACUAUUAAAAGACUAUGGUCAAAAUAUAUUUUAUGACAUGUUCCCUGUUAAUGAACAUUUGAGGAUUUUAAGGAA